AUGAUGUCUGAAAUUGACGACGCACCACCUCAACUCUCAGCAGAAACGUUAAAAGCAUUACAAGAAUUUCUUCAGGAACAAAAAUUAAAUCAAAACGAUAAUGAAAAAGUAACGGAAAAUUGGCAAUUGAGUCAAUUUUGGUAUGAUGAUGACACAACUCGUACACUCUCAAAUGCUGCUAUUUCAUUAUGUGACGAACAUGGUAACAUAGCUCUAAUAUCAUGUCCAACAUUAUAUCCAACAAUAAAAUCAAUUAUCACACAUAGAAAACUAAAUAUGAAUAUCAAAUUAUUAGAAUUUGAUAAAAGAUUUUCCAAAUAUGGUGAUGAUUUUAUUUUUUACGAUUACAAUGAUCCAUACAAUAUAAAACAAAAUUAUGUCAAUUCAUUCGAUGUUGUGAUUGUUGAUCCACCAUUUUUAUCCGAAGAAUGUUUAACUAAAACAAUUCAAACGAUAAAUCAUUUGAAAAAAUCAAAUUGUAAAAUUAUUUUAUGUACUGGUCAAAUAAUGGAACAACUUGCAAAUAAAUUAUUAAAUCUUAAUAAGUGUUCGUUUCAACCUAAACAUAAAAACAAUUUAGCUAACGAAUUUAUUUGUCUGACAAAUUUCGGUGAAUUACCACCACCACCACCCUCACCUACUCCUUAA